CCUAUAUUUUUGCAGCCAAUGGUCUCUCCCUGUUUUGCCGGAAGUCGAUGCUGAAGGCUCUUCCUGCUUGCAACAGCACGUGAGUUUGCAAAAGGAGGGCGCUUUGCAGAUCCUUCUGGGGAAGUUUGGCUUCCUGGUCCAGUUGCUGAUGAUUUAAUCCACUGAUUCCCAGGAUUUCUUGUUUUGUUCCUCAUUAUGUUUGGCCCUUCCCGAGGCGGAGUGAGAGGAGGGCAGGACCAGUUCAACUGGGAAGAUGUGAAGACCGACAAGCAAAGGGAGAACUACCUGGGAAAUUCCUUGAUGGCCCCGGUGGGACGGUGGCAGAAGGGGAAGGACUUGACGUGGUACGCCAAAGGGAAGAAGGGCGGUGGUCCCAUCUCCAGGGAGGACGAACUGGCCGCUGUCCGUCGGGCCGAAGAGGAAGCCAUGAUGGCCGCCUUGGGUUAUAAGAAUUUGAAGAAGCAACCGACGGGGCUAAGCAAAGAAGAUCUCGCUGAAGUCUGUAAGCGGGACACGGCGGAGCAAGACGAGAAGGGUGUGGAUCGCGUCUUGGGCUUGGGGAGUUCAAGGAGCGCCGGGAGCCGGAUGAUGUUUUCCAAAGAAGAAAAAGAAGCCGCCAAACUGGGCCUGUCGGUAUUUACACAUCACCGGGUGGCAAGUAGCCCAGAGGUUUCGGCUACGAAGAGGAAACUGGACACAGAAGAAGAGGAAGAAGUAGCAAAAGAACCACAGCCAGAGGUCAGCAAAAAAUCCAAAAAGAAGGAGAAGAAGAAGAAAAAGAAGCACAAGAAGGAGAAGAAGAAGGAGAAACAUCACAAAAGGAGAGCCGCAUCAUCGUCUUCCUCCUGCUCUUCUCCAGACGGCAAGGAAAGAAAGAAGCAUCCUUCUCUGGAGCAGCAGCAUCCAUCGUCCUCCCGGCGGAGCGGAGGUGGCCUUCCGGACAGACGCCCGUCUCCUUCCCGGGAAGAAGAGAAAGAGUCCAGGUGGCACCAGAGGACAGCAGCGUCCUCGGGCGGCACGGAAAAGGGGUCCUCCUCCCAUAAGCACGGCUCAGCGCGGUCACGUUCCCCAAAAGCAGAGCGGAGGGACGGCCGGAGUGGCAGGAGCCGGAGGACAAGCUCUUCGCCCAAAGCCAGGAAGAGGCACGAUACGGACUCGGACGACUGAACCUUCACCCGGAAUGGAUCCUGCGUCCUUAUAAAUCCUAUGCCAGGCUUUAGACCGGAUUGCCUUCUUGCCCAAUGCAAAGGUGUGCUGCUCCUUUCUACUUGGAGCAAGAAAGCAGAAAGUGACCCCAAAUAAACACCAACUGGAGCUUUGGCUCAAACAUUUGCAGAAAGUGGACUUGCGUGUGUUGCAAUGCGAGGUGCAAUGUUUCGGGUUCUAUUGUGCCGUCUAUUUGGUUGGCGAUGCAUCUCUUCUUUUGUCACACCUGUUUUAUUAUUUUUAAAAAUGGAUGCAAUGUUGAUGCAUUUUUAUUUUAAUACACAGAAUUUAGAGCAGGCAUGGGCCAACUUGGGCCCUCCCUCCAGGUGUUUUGGACUUCAACUCCCACAAUUCCUAACAGCCGGUAGGCUGUUAGGAAUUGUGGGAGUUGAAGUCCAAAACACCUGGAGGGAGGGCCCAAGUUGGCCCAUGCCUGAUUUAAAGUAUUUUAAUAUUUUGAGAACAUCACUCAGAAAGAAGCCCUAUAGCAGAAUCCCACAAGUUCUGCCUCAGAUGCAAACCUUAUGUGUCUACACUGUCGAAUGAAUGCAGUUUGAACACACUAUUGUUACCAGGGCUCAGUGCUAUGAAAUCCUGCGAGCUGUAGUUUUACAAGGUUUACAGAAUUGUUCUGAGACUAAAGGAAGAUUAUCAAUGUAUGUUCCCUGAGAUUAUAAAAUUCAGUAACAACAAUAAAAAGUGAUGUGGCACCUUA